CCUCUACCUCUCUUCUGAUUUCCCUCUCCCGAUUGGCUCUCUCUUUUGUUCUGUGGUUUUAUUUUUGUCAAUCUCACUCUAUGUAUCUUCAUGCAGGACACAAAGGAAGAGGACUUGUGACUUUGCAAAGCUGAGAUGGAUAACAGGACAAAGAUGUUGAUUUAUGCGGCUGCAUCGUAUAUGCUUAUCUCGAUGAUGGCUGUGGUUGUUGAGUCUAGGAAAAGGAAAAGGAGAGAACAUAUUACAUAUGGGCCAAUGUUUGAUAGGGAUAGGAUGAGAAUAGAGUAUCUAGAUAAUAAGAUAUGGAAGAAUGACACGAUAUGUAUAAACAUGCUUAGGCUUAGAAGAGAACCUUUCUUCCGAUUUUGUAAACUUUUGAGGGAUCGUCAAUUGCUUCAAGACACAAUUCACAUGUGUGUCGAACAACAAGUAGCCAUGUUUUUGAACACCGUUGGGCACAACCUUAGGAAUAGGUUAGUUGCCACUAAUUUUAAUAGGUCCGGUGAAACUGUUAGCCGUUAUUUCAACCUAGUUCUUCAUGCUAUUGGUGAACUACGAAAUGAACUUAUUAGGAAGCCUUCGAUGGAGACACCAACGAAAAUACAAGGAAAUUACAGGCGGGAUCCAUACUUUCAGGAUUGUGUUGGAGCUAUCGAUGGUACACAUAUUCGAGCUUCUGUUACUAAGGCCAUGGAGCCAGCCUUUUGUGGUAGAAAGUCCCAUGCUAGUCAAAAUGUAAUGGCCGCUGUCGAUUUUGAUCUUCGCUUCACAUAUGUGCUGGCUGGUUGGGAGGGGGCAGCCCAUGAUGCUCUAGUUUUAAGAGAUGCUUUAGAACGCCCAAAUGGAUUACGUGUCCCACAAGGAAAAUAUUACCUAGUUGAUGCUGGGUAUGGAGCCAAGCCGGGAUUUUUGCCUCCUUUUCGUGGUGUGAGAUACCAUUUGAAUGAGUGGGGAAACAAUCCUGUGCAAAAUGAGAACGAGUUGUUCAACCUUAGGCAUUCUUCUCUUCGAGUGACCGUAGAGCGCGCAUUUGGGUCACUCAAGCGGAGAUUCAAAAUACUUGAUGAUGCCACUCCAUUCUUUCGCUUCCCAGCUCAAGUGGACAUUGUUGUAGCCUGCUGCAUUAUUCAUAAUUGGGUACUAGGUGAUGAGAUUGAUGAAUAUAUCAUACCCGAAGAUGAAUGGCCACCUAAUAUAAAUUAUGCUUCAUCUUCAAGUGGCCAAGCUCAAGAGCAUGCUUAUAUGGUUAAUUUUCGGCAGGGAAUAGCCAAUCAAAUGUGGCAAGCCCGAGAGAACUACAUUGCCAAUAAUGAAAUGGAUGUUGAAGGAUCCAAAGGGGGUGGUCAAGUGUGCUGGACACCUCCAAUGUCUUCAUUCAUGCUUAAUCACUUAUUUAAUUUUGUGGCUGGUGGUGUGAGAACAUCUCAUGGUUUCAAGACCGUGCAUCUCAAUGCUUGUGCUAAAGCUUUCAAUGAUCAUUUCAAGACCACUGUGACUGGAGCUCAGGUGUAUAAUCACAAUAGGACAUGGAAAAGGAAGUGCCAGCGAAUAGCAAAACUCAAGAAACUGAGUGCUGCAUUGUGGAAUGAAGACAAGUGUAUGGUUGUUCUUGAUCAUGAGCAUUACACGGGUCAUAUUAAGGAUAACAAAGGAGAUGAGCCGUACCUAAACAAAACUCUUGAGCAUUAUAAUGAGAUGGUUACAAUCUAUGGCAAUGGUAUGGCUACUAGAGAUUAUGCAAAGGGCUCAAGUGAACCACUAGCCACUGAUUUCGUGGACGUUGAAGAUGAUGAACCUGCCGAUGUUAAUGCUACACCACCUCCUAAUGAAGAAGUUACUCAUUCAUACAAUGUUGGUGAGUCAUCUGCCUCUAGGCCCUCAAAAAGGACAAAGACAACACAAUAUGAGGAACAAGGCUUAGGACCCACACUUGUAGCUGUGGGUGAAAAGCUAGCUGUGGCCAUAGAGAAGAAUGUUAGCAACGACAACACCCCCGAGGGUCUUUGGGAUAACAUGAAGACACUUCCAACAUUUGGUAGGGAUUUUCUUGCUCAUUACUACGCCUAUUUGGUUGAAAAUCCACGAAUUGCUAGGGCAUUCCACACCUUGGAUCAUGAUGAGAAGAUGGUUUGGGUUGCUAGGUAUGUUAGAAAUAACAUUCCUUCUCACCCCGAGGCUAACCCUCACGAAUGA